AUGUUAAGUGGAAUAAGUCCAUCAGACGAAGUCAAUCGUCAAUCGAGUGCAAUAGCUAAACGUCGUGAACAAUUACGUCGUUGGGAUGAAUCGGAAACCAAUCGAGAAUCUGCUAAUGUGAAAAUCUCUCAACGUGUCAAAUUUCAACAAGCUUAUGUCUUUCUUGCUGCAUGUUCAUCAUCAGAUCGAGAUGAAGUCGAGAAAUUAUUACAACGCGGAGUCGAUAUCAACACAUCAAACAUCGACGGUCUAACUGCACUUCAUCAAGCAUGUAUCGAUAAUAAUUUACUUAUGGUCGAAUAUUUGCUCAAUCGCUCUGCCGAUAUCAACUGUCAAGAUAAUGAAGGAUGGACACCUUUACAUGCAGCAUCAUCAUGUGGAAAUCUCGAUAUUGUCAAAUAUUUACUGUCUCGUGGUGCUAUUGUCGAUGUUUGUAAUAAUGAAGGUGAAUUACCAAUUGAUAUUGCUGAAGGUGAUGAUAUUAUUGCAUGUUUGGAAGAAGAUAUGAGAAGAAAAGGCAUUGAUGAUGAACAAGCGAGAAAUAUUGAACACGAAAUUAUGUUAAAACAUGCACAAGAUUGGUUGAAUAAUAAUCAAAAGACAAAUUCGAAAAGUUUACCUGAGACAAUUGUACACGCGAGAACUGGUGCUACUGCUUUACAUGUCGCGUGUGCGAAAGGAUAUUUAGAUGUUAUUGAUGUUUUAUUACGUGCUGGUGCGAAUAUCAAUUCAGUGGAUAAUGAUGGAUGGACACCUUUACAUGCGGCUGCACAUUGGGAUAAACAAGAUAUUAUUAAAUUUCUUUUAGAAAGAAAUGCGGAUAUUGAAGCGAAAAAUUAUGNUGAGACAAUUGUACACGCGAGAACUGGUGCUACUGCUUUACAUGUCGCGUGUGCGAAAGGAUAUUUAGAUGUUAUUGAUGUUUUAUUACGUGCUGGUGCGAAUAUCAAUUCAGUGGAUAAUGAUGGAUGGACACCUUUACAUGCGGCUGCACAUUGGGAUAAACAAGAUAUUAUUAAAUUUCUUUUAGAAAGAAAUGCGGAUAUUGAAGCGAAAAAUUAUGCCGGACAAACACCACUGGAUGUUUGUGAUGGUGUAACACAUGAAUUAUUGAAAGAAUUGAAAGAGAAACGACCGCCAGUAAAGUCGUCGACUAAUGAAACUCCAGAUAAUAUAACUGCACCAUGGAAAAGAAAACCUGUUUCAAAUCGAACAGGAGAUGAACAUAAAUCAAUUCUUCGAACUGAAUCACAUAAUGAGAAUAAUUUAGAAACAACGAAUAAAACUCCUCCAACUCCAACUCCAACUUCAACUUCAACUACUUCUGCUCCACAGUCCUCUAUCCCUCCACCAGUCAAUCCUGCAUCUGUUGAUGAGAAUUUACCUACUUGCUCACCUAGUAUCAAGGAGAAAUUAAACAGUCUUCAACGUUCAUUACAUGACUUGAGUAAUCGAUAUUUAAAGAGCAAUCAAGAUGAGCAAUCAAAUCCUUCGAUUUCGACUAAUAAUUCGUCAAAUAAUGAAUUAACAAAAUCAACUCCAUUGACAUUUGAACAACGAAGCAAACAAAUCAAUGAAAAAUCGACUCUAAAUUCGACUCGGCCAGGAUUUUUAGUAACAAAUAAAUAUUCUCAACGAACAUUCACAAAUCCACUUCAAUCAUUAACAACAAAUAAUACUAUUAAUAAUGACUUUACUACUCGCGACCACCCAUCAACUAACACUCCAACAACAACAACAGCAGCACCACCACCAACGACGACAACAACAACAACUAUAAACAUUGCUUCAUCUCCGACACAAGUAUUGGAUACAAAAAUCAAUCGAAGUUCCAAUGAGACACAGCCUGAGGUGGCACCGAGAAGAUGGGGAACCACAGAUCGAACAGUCGGUGAUAAUACUUUACCAACGCCCACCAACACAGGCCCAUACGUACGUCGACGAUCAGGUGCCGGUGUCAAUGAUCAACCAACAACAACAGCGACAUCAACUAUCGUUAGUGUCACAUCAUCACUUCCGAUAGUGACAUCAAGUCCAACAACGAAUGUAACAGUAACGUCACCAAGUUUACUUGAUGAUUCAACGAAUGGUAAACGACGCUCGAAUCUUCCACCGAGUCGAGAUGAGGAAGCGGAAGCCCAACGUAAACAUCGUUCAGCACAAGCACGACGAGAACGACGAUCAACACAAAGCGUUACUGUUGAAGAUAUCAAAGCAGCUGAACAACAAAUCAAAAGUCAACCAAUGAAUAAUCCAGAUAAUUCAUCGACAAUUAUCACAAUUCCACAACCAUUAACAAAUACCAUUGAGACAACAUCAAAUGCAACUUUAUCAAAUAAUAAAAUCGGUGCACCAUCAACACCUUCGCUGGUUAAUGAACAUGAUAUAGAAACUGAACGUUUACAACGAAUUAUCGAAGAAAAGAAAGAAAAAGCCAGAAUAUUAAUGUGUUCUCUUCUACGCGUACGUGUAUUUACUCUCGAUACUGUUGAGACGACUGUUGACGCAUCUUCAUCUGGUGGAUCACGUCGAUUACGAUCAAGAUUUACAUCGGCGGAUACUGACAAUAUUGUCCCAUCAAUAACAGCAAACGAUUCAUUGAAUCUUGGUCUCAGUGCUUCGUUAGAUUCUCAACAACAACAACCACGAAGAAGAACAAAUCGUGUACAUAAUCAGCGGAAAAACACUGGAAGAAUCAUUUGGAACGACGAAACAAAAGAAGUUGAAAUUCGCGAUGAUUCCAACGAUUUAGUACCUAAAACCUCUAAUGAAGAAUCUCAUCGAUCUGACGAUCAAAAACUCCAAGACAACGCUCAACAACAAUCGACAACAAAUCCUUCAUUACUUGGAUCUCGUGGUCUUAUUUCUCGAUUUGAAAAUAAUCCAUCAACAUCUUUAAUCACAACAAAAGAUUCAGCAAAUAAUCUAUCUCCAACAUCUCCAACACCAACAUCAACAUCACGAAGUAUUCGUUCACAAAGUCAAGAUCCAUCACGUAAAUCAUUAGCAUUGGCAACAUCUUUACCUUCAUCGAAUACAAAUACUCUUAUGAAUGGAAUGGCUACUUCAACACCUUUUGCGUUGAAAAAAGAUUCGAAAGAAAAUACAGUUUUACCAACAGGAACAGCUAAUGAUGCAUCAGCUAUUAAACGAUUACAUGAUGAUGCAAAACGUAAAAUCGAUGAAUUAACACAGAAAAUCGAUCGAUUAGAACGAGAUAUCGUCGAACGAGAUCAAAUAAUCGAAAAACUCAAAACAUCACAGUAUAUCGAAUCAUCUCUUGAUAAACGAGAAAAACGUGCAUAUGAAAGAAAAAUUUCUGAAUUAGAAGAAGAAUUGAAAAAAAUGGAUUCAAUAAAAGCAGAUAACACACGAUUAAAAGAAGAAAAUGCCGCCUUAAUUCGCGUAAUCAGUAAAUUAUCGAAAUGA